CCAAGCUCUGCGCCAAUGGCGGCAGCUCCCGCUCGCUUCUCCUCCUCCUCCUCCUCCCCCUGCUUCUCCUCCACGAAGCCCUACCUCCGCUCCCAAUCCCACCGCGACCCGAGCUUCUUUGGCCCCGGCCUCGGCCUCUCCAGGACCGUCGACCUCUCCCGCGCCGCGCUCUCCUCGAGGCCGCGGCGCCGCGGCGGCGAGGUCGUCGCGUGCGGCGCCGAGAAGCCGCGCCCCGGCGACGCCUCCGCCGCGGCGGCGGCGGCGGCGGCGGCGUUCUCCGUCGGCGAUCCGGCUCCGCCCAGGGCGCGGAAUCCGAUAAGACGCCACACAAUAUCGGUUUUCGUUGGGGAUGAGAGUGGGAUGAUAAAUCGUAUUGCUGGAGUUUUUGCAAGAAGAGGGUACAACAUAGAGUCGCUUGCUGUUGGGUUGAAUAAGGACAAGGCAUUGUUCACCAUCGUUGUUUCGGGGACGGAUAAAGUAUUGCAACAAGUCGUUGAGCAGCUUAAUAAACUUGUAAAUGUUUUGAAGGUUGAGGAUCUAUCAAAGGAGCCACAAGUUGAACGAGAGCUGAUGCUUAUAAAGCUUAAUGUGGAGCCAGAUAGGCGCCCUGAGGUUAUGGGUUUGGUUGAUAUUUUCAGAGCAAAAGUUGUAGACAUUUCGGAGCACUCACUGACCAUUGAGGUAACUGGAGAUCCCGGGAAAAUGGUGGCGGUUCAGAGGAAUCUCAGCAAAUUUGGGAUAAAAGAAAUUGCUAGGACCGGCAAGAUUGCUCUGCGGCGUGAGAAGAUGGGAGAAACUGCUCCCUUCUGGAGGUUUUCUGCAGCUUCUUACCCUGAUCUUGAGGGUACGAUGGCUACAAGUUCCCUUCUUAGCUCUGCAGAUAGAACACUAAAUAGCACUUUGGAGCAAUCAUCUGGAGGCGAUGUUUAUCCUGUGGAGCGAUACGAGAACUUCACUGUAAGUCAAGUUCUUGAUGCACACUGGGGCGUUCUUGAUGAUGAAGAUUCGACUGGCCUUCGCUCGCACACUCUAUCCAUCCUUGUAAAUGAUUCCCCUGGCGUCCUCAACAUUGUAACAGGAGUAUUUGCUCGCAGGGGCUACAAUAUUCAGAGUCUUGCUGUUGGUCCAGCAGAAAAGGAAGGUAUCUCUCGUAUUAUGACAGUCGUUCCUGGAACUGAUGAAUCUAUCGGCAAGUUGGUACAACAGCUCUACAAGCUUAUUGAUGUUUAUGAGGUCCAGGAUAUAACGCACUUGCCUUUUGCUGAGAGAGAAUUGAUGCUUAUUAAAGUUGCCGUAAACACUGCUGCUCGGAGAGACAUCCUAGACAUUGCUGACAUCUUCCGUGCCAAAGCUGUUGAUGUAUCUGAUCACACAAUUACUCUUCAGCUUACUGGAGAUUUGGACAAGAUGGUUGCGUUACAAAGGUUGUUGGAGCCUUAUGGCAUCUGCGAGGUUGCAAGAACUGGUCGGGUUGCGCUUAUUCGUGAGUCAGGGGUUGAUUCUAAGUAUCUCCGCGGGUAUUCUCUCCCGUUGUAAUCUUAUAAAGAAUAAGCUAAGUAUGAAGACAUUAGAUGCAUGUUUGCUUAUUGUUCCUCUUUCUUUUCCCUCCUCUUUUCAAUUUCGAGUAGGUUUCUUUUCCUUUUUUCUCCCCCUGUUUGUCGUUUCGAACGGACUUGUCUCUACGACAUGCGCAAGUACUAAAUUUAGUAAUAAGUUCUUGCUUCAAUAAGAUUAUGUUCGCCCUGUAAUUGUUGUGAUUUCCUGUUCAAUAAAUAAGUCAAAUUCAUAA